AUGACAAAUCACUCUUCAAAAUCACUAAAAAAAUUCAUAGAUUUUUUUCAUUAUAGAGCAAUAAAUAGCUUAACCGCAAAUGAUUUUAUCAUUGGUGGAAAAAAUAUCAUCUGCGAAAUUGAUGAGAGUAAAUUUAAAAAAUACGAAGAUUUUUGGAUUGUUGGAGGUGUUGAACGUACCGAAAAGAAAAAAUGCUUUUUUGUACUCACAGAUAAUCGUGAAGCAAUGACCUUAAAACGUAUUAUAAAACAACAUGUCAAAGAACGUUCUAUAAUACAUACAGAUAAAUGGCACGGAUAUUCACAUCUUGAAUCGUUAAACAUGAAACAUCGUAGAGUAAACCACUCCAAAAAUAGAAUAGAAAAAGGAACCGGUGUACACACAAACAAUAUCGAAGGAUUAUGGAACGGAGUAAAAUUAAAUAUUAAAUCUCGAAAUCGUAACCGAAAUCUCAUUGAAAAACACUUGAAAGAAUUUAUAUGGCGCAGAAAACAUAGAGACAACUUAUUUAACGUGUUUAUCAAUUGUUUAAUCUAG